UGUCUUCUUACUCACUGUGGCACUUUCACACAGACACACUGCAACUAGCUCUAACAGAGAAAGCAUCUGAGGCAAGGAUGCACUGCUGACGAGAAAAGGGCACCUCCACUACAGACAUGAGACAGCUACAGCAGCAGAGGAGUUAAUAAAGGGAAGCGACUUAUCACUAGAGAGCAUGUGCAGAUGGACUGCAUGUAUAAAAUGGGUGGCAGGCUGAUUUAAUCUACAGUACAGUACCUGCCAUACCAGAGAGGGAGAGAAUACAAAGCGGAGCCACAUCCACCGACAGCCCCCACCAUGUCCCUGCACUGAGUGAUGGAUACAGAGGUGAGCCAGAAGCAGUUGUGCAAAACAAAUGCUUGCCAGCAAGACCACCUGACACUGUGACAAUUUAAGGAGGAAAUAAAGAAUCUGCUGGGUUCAAGCCUCUGUGUUGAAGCUUGAUGACCAUAAGGGACAUCUAAUAUCUUUUUUAAAAAGACAAAAAUUCAGAAUCACUGUAGGGAAGGGGAAAAAAUCUAGACCAGAAAAGAUUCUUUCAAGGCAUGGCAAGAACUAGAAGCAUGGCACCUCCAGAGCCCCUUACAGCUCUGUCCCGUUGGUACCUCUAUGCAAUUCAUGGUUAUUUCUGUGAGGUAAUGUUUACAGCUGCGUGGGAUUUUGUGGUCAACUACAACUGGAAGUUUCCUGGAGUUACCAGUGUGUGGGCCCUAUUUAUUUAUGGUACUUCUAUCCUCAUUGUAGAGAAGAUGUACUUAUAUUUAAAAGACAAGUGCAACAUUUUAAUAAGAUGUCUUAUUUAUACUCUGUGGACAUACAUCUGGGAGUUCAGUACAGGUCUCAUUUUACGACAGUUCAAUGCCUGCCCCUGGGACUACUCACAGUUUGAUUUUGACUUCAUGGGUUUGAUUACCCUGGAAUAUGCCAUUCCGUGGUUCUGUGCAUCUUUCAUCAUGGAACAACUUGUUAUCCGGAACACCCUUCGUUUACGUUUUGAUGAACACGCAGAGCCCGGUUCCCCAGUUAUGUCCACUGUUUCUAUGGCUAAUGGUCAUGUUAAAUGUAAUUAAUAAUCAAUACUGUGAAUCAGAAAUGCAACAGUAAUGUCACCAUUGUUUCCAAGUCUCAAGGUCUCGUUACGCACAACAAAUAUACUGUAACUCGCAUGGAAGUCUAUUUUAUUACCAUCAAUUUGUUUUGGCUGCAAGUGGAAAUGUGUCAGUAGCUUAUUUUUUCAGCUUGGACCUGAAAGAUUUAUAAGUACAUUUUCUGCCUUCUCUUUAAUUACCAAAAUAUAGCCUAUGGUGCAAAAAAAAAACAUAAUGCUAUCAAUUAAGUCUUGUUAAAUAUAUACAUUUUAUUGUUUGGUAAGUCAAUAUCUACAUACCAAACCUUCUGAAUUGCCCCAUUUGCAAUAAAGAGUAAUACUUUCCAAAGUGAGAAAGUACUUUAUGGCUGUCGUUACAUGGGGUAAAUUCAUCUCCAUUAUGUUAUAUUUAAUACAAAUGCUACUCUGAUCAGGAAAGGUAUUUAUGCUCUUUGUAUUCACUGCACAUUUUAGCAGAGGGAUUAUGGGGAAGGGGCUGUGGGGGUGGACAAAAUCCAUUAAAUCAUGGCACAUGAACAGGUUAAACUAGCGGUUAUAUCCAACAGUGAUAUCAUUGUUUGCAAGUCAGAUCUUGGUUGGAAGAACCUUCUGGUAACUAUUGUUUAGAGAAGUUUCGGAGCAAGUGUCUCAGUUUACAGUCGUGCUUUUUUAACCCUUGAGGUAGGUUGAAUUUUUUCUGUUUAGAAUUAAUAGCUGCAGAAAUAUUACCCUAGCAAUUAACGGUGCACAAAUAAUGUGUCGUAAAACUUUGCAAUAUAUUUAUAAAAUCUCUUAAUCUUACACAAAAGUGUCUUUAUAGGGAAUCCAGAUGAGGUGCUAUGAUAUAUGUAUAGCAAAAGCAACCUAACAAGAAAUAGAUGUACUAGGUAUUUCUUGCCUUACUGCUUAAGCUUGAUGUUAAUUUUGGUGAGCUUCUUGCUGAAGGAGCAAAUAGAUACCUUUAUACCUAUAGAUGCUUAUAUAAAAGGAAUACAUUAUCGUUUUCUGUUAUGGGUGUUCUAUGUACACUGCUUGUAAUACAUACGAACCUUCAGUGCUGUAGAAUAUGAUGACCAUUUAUAAAUAAUUAAAAGGAUCUGCUCCGGGAGCCACUCAUAAUAAAAAAAAAAAA